AUGGAUUUUUCUCGAGAAAGACUACAAACUGGCUUGGAAGAUUUUUUGUUAAGUGUAGCGACGGAAAGUCUUCCUUCGACAGAAACUCUAAUUCUCUCCUUCUCUCUUUUGGAGAACAAAAGAUAUAAAUUAGUAGCCGAGAAAGAACUUUCUCGCUGGCUCGAGAACGACGCAAAGUACAAUACAUUCGAUGGCAGCUAUCAUGAGGGAUUCGGCGAACGGUUCGCAGAUUAUGAGCCAGGACCAAGACCUACAGCACUUCCCUUUAACCAGGCGCCAUACGACUCCUAUGAUUUGUGUUUAAACGCAGAUCACAGAAAUUAUUGCCAUCGCAAAGAGAUUAAGAUGGGUAUUCUGAGUCAUGUAUCUUACACGAGUGAGGACACCGAAUGGGAUUUUUCACAAAGUUCGGUUUCUUCAUUGCAAUGUCGUGUUGAGAACUCGAAGGAAAUCAUGGCCAAAUACAUGGUUGCGUACAAUGUCGUGCAAGAGCUGGUACGGGAAUAUCAGGAAAUGUUUGAGUUAUCAGCAGACCGUUACGUUGAUGUGGAAUUCAGACUCAACGUGAGAAAAGAUACUGAGCAUCGACUAGCUUUGAGAAGUGAUACAAGAUUGAAUCCCCCGGGUUACCUUUCGUGCACUCCUACAUUAGACAGCUUGGGGAAUCAAAUGGAAAAGGUAACUGAAGAAGUACUGAGCAUUGGUAAUCGAUUGAAAUUCCUGGAGAAUGUAGUAUCAACCAUCAACGAUGCUAAAUCAGAUGAACUAUCGAACUUGAUGUCGCUUGUCAGACGAUUGAGAUUUGCAGAAGAACGUUUUAUUCUCCAAAAGCCAAAGAGAGAAUUUUCCCUCCCUGCAGAGAUUUGGUCCAAUAUUCUCGAGAAAGUCAUGCCGAACAUACAGACCAUCAACUCUAAUAAUGGAAAGUUGGACCCUAUGCUUGAGAGAUGGAAGAUAUCGAAAGUCCUGUUUCGAACGGUAGUCCCAAUUUACUACAGAGAGGCCAUCUUCUCGUUCACUCCACACUCGUUUAUGAACUGUACUACCGUCAAAAUCAUGAAGAAAAUCACUAUCCAUAUGUCGUCACCUGAAUGGUAUACGCAUGCAAUUGGCACAGAAUGCGCCUGCGAUUUACCGAAGACGACAACAGCAAUUGAAGCUUAUACUUUACAAAAGCGAUUGAAGGAAUGUACUGCAUUGGUGGAACUCCGCCUCAUUCAGCUAUACUUAUCGUAUUUAUCUUCGGGUCUCUAUGUGAUUGAGAAUUCCAGGUACUUUCAAAAGGGUAAAUGUCUAUGGGGCGAAGAGUGGAGGUGUAUGAUCUUCGAGGGUGACUACGAUCAGAUCUCUUGA